AGCUGCUUGAAUUCUUUCUAAGGAUCCUCCUCCCUGCGCUCCCAUUGGCCGGUGAGCUUGACCUGUGGCUGCUUGAUGAUCACUCAUGGGUCGAUGGCACAUGACAGGCUGCAAACACCAGACCAGGUCAACAUGCUGUCGAUACCAGAUCUGAUCAAGAAGAAGAGAGACGGAGAAACACUGAGCGACGAGGAAAUCAGAACUUUCAUCAACGCCGUCACAAACCAAACCAUCCAGGAAUGUCAGACAGGUGCGAUGCUGAUGGCGAUCUGGCAGAAGGGGAUGGACGUCACGGAGACCAAGACCCUCACUAGGGAGAUGAUGUUAUCGGGUGAAGUGAUGUCAUGGCCAAAGGAGUGGGCGGGGCUCCUGGUUGACAAACACUCGACCGGUGGCGUGGGAGAUAAAAUCAGCCUCGUGUUAGCGCCUGCGCUCGCCGCCUGUGGCUGCAAGGUACCUAUGAUCAGUGGGCGGGGCUUAGCUCAUACAGGAGGUACCCUGGAUAAACUGGAGUCGAUUCCAGGAUUCAACAUCCACCAAUCAGCUGAGCAGAUUCAGAGGAUCCUGGGCUCUGUGGGCUGUUGCAUUGUGGGUCAGACGGAGAGGCUGGUCCCUGCAGAUCGGGUCCUGUACGCCCUGCGGGACGCCACCAGCACCGUGGACAGUUUGCCUCUCAUCACAGGUUCGAUUAUUUCUAAGAAAGGUGCCGAGUCGCUGACGGCUCUGGUGCUGGACGUGAAGUUUGGAAAAGCUGCUCUGUAUAAAGAUCUGGAAAGUGCUAAACAACUGGCUCAGUCUCUGGUGAGCGCAGGAAACGGUCUGGGCAUACGUACGGGUGCGGUCCUGAGUCGUAUGGACGCUACGAUUGGUCGAUGUGUGGGCAACAGUCUGGAGGUGAUGGAGUCUCUGGAGACGCUGAAGGGAAACGGACCUGAAGACGUGAUGGAGCUGGUGACGACUCUCGGAGGUCUGCUGCUGAUGAUGACCAGCUCAGUCUCUGACCUAUCAGAAGGCAGGAAGCAGAUCCGUGACGCUGUGACCAGCGGAGCAGCUCUGUUGAAGUUUCAGGCCAUGAUGGAGAAUCAGGGCGUUGCCACGGAGACGUGUCGCUCGCUGUGCUCCGCCCACACCGAUUAUUUCAGUGUCCUGAGAAAAGCUCGACAUCAGAUUGAACUGACGACUCCUGGAGACGGAGUGGUGAUGGACGUUGAUGGUUUCGUUUUAGCUGAAAUUCUUCAGAAACUGGGGGCGGGGCGAUCGAAGGCUGGAGAACCUGUCAAUCACAGUGUGGGGGCGGAGCUGCUGGUGUCGCUUGGUCAAAGGGUCGAGAAAGGCGCCCCCUGGCUGCGGCUUCAUUACGAGGAUCCGACUCCGACUCCAGACCAAAUGAGUCGACUGCAGAAAGCUCUGACUCUGGAAACAAACACACACAAACAACACAAACACAGUCUGGUGGAAGAACUGCUUCUUCCUCAGGAAUACACUGUUUAAUGCUUCAUGUUUAUUACUAAUUAAUAACUAAUAAUCACAACAAGACAAAUACAACUUCCUGACAAGACUUUCUUUAUAAGCUGAAAUUAAUGGGAAUAUGAAUCAUUAACGAAUAAUAAACUUUUGCUUCAAAUAUCAGGAGGGUUUUCUGACUUAUACUGCAUUCAGCCACCAGGGGGCAACCGGGAUGUUUUAGUUUCACUUUGGGGAGCUGGCAUGUCGUCCAUCUUUAUUUAUAGUCUUUGCAAAAACUGUAACUUUAUCCAAAGUCUUAAUUAAAUAAAAUGUGGACCCUCAAUGAUAAGUCAACAUCUGGAGCUUCCUGGAAAUAAGAUAAUCAUCACACGGGAGUUUUAAAAGCAGAGUAAGUCCAUUAUUUCACAGUAAAAUGGGUUUGAAACGUAACCUUUGAUUAUCGUUCUGUUAUUAUUGAAUAUGGGCUAUACAAAUAAAAUUUGAUUGAUUGAUUAUUCUU